GCAGUCGUUCUCAGCAUUCUUGAGAGUUGAGACAUUUCGACAGACUCCAGCAGUACUUGUGUAGGGUAGAAAAGGCUAUUGGGUUUAUGAGCGUUGAAAGUGAAGGAAUUUGGAAGAACCUGAUCUAUUUGGCUCACAAAGAUAGAGCUUUUUAAUCUCUGAUAUCAACAUUUGAACUUGGUAUCGAAUUGUUAUUAUAUCGAGACAAGGAAUUCGAGAUUGUAUUCUUACAGUGCUUCGGAAUUUCUUGCUUGUAUACCCGCAGAAUCCUAAUCACGAAACGACUAGCUUAAUACAAGAACAAACAAACACUUUCGUUAUGGAGGGAAUGGAAGUGGAAACAUCUUUGGAUGUCUUAUCAAGAGCAGCUUCGCUUGUUGAAACAGAAACAGAGACUGAGAUUAUAAAAGCACGGCCUGUAGAGAGUUUCGAUACCAAAAUCGAGCGUGGUAUGGAAGGCACAUUUAUUCCAAAGCCAAAUACUCUUCUAUCGCAAGCAAUGGAAUUCAAAGAACAAACACAAUCGAUGGAGGUGGAAGAAGAGCCUAAUAAAGAUCAGGUCGUUUAUCGGCGAAGAAAAAUGAAAUGUACCAGCACCCAAACUCUUACUGAUGAACAACCAUCUUAUCCUCCCAGACCAAUGUCUGGGCCACCACCAUUGUUAUGUGUCUCACCAAGAAGCAGCUUUUAUGAAGAGAUCCGCCCUCAGCAGAGACCAUCUGUAAUAACCUCGGCACAUCUUCAGCGCAGACCGCAUACCAUUGUUGGUGUACCUGUUGGUUUUAAUGUCCCUGAUCUUCAAACACCUCAUCGAAAGGAAGUUAAAUCAUUACCUAUUACAUCAGGAAAUGCAGACCCAGUUGUUGAUGAACAUUUUCGGAGAAGUCUUGGUGCAGAAUAUGCAGACUUCACUCCACCUUCUGGUUCUGAAGUUGAUGACCAUUUUGCCUUGUCAUUGGGUGAUGCAUGGUAUAAGCUGAAUAUCAAUCAGUAAAUUCAUUUGUGGUUGACAUGUCCAAAAGAGGUAGAGCCAUGCAUUGUUAAAUUGCUAGCCCUAUGAAUAGGUGUGACUAACUUUGUUUAUCCACAGCAAAGUAUUGAAAAUCCCAAGGAAAACAAACCAUAUGUUUGACUUG